GUCGAGAGGAAUGGAAGCAAUCCGUCGGUUGGGAAUCGUGUGGUGCGUGGUCUGGGCCGCCCGGGCCCAGAAUCCGUGCCCGAGGCCGGAAGAAAUCGCCCCGUGCGUCUGCAUCUUCGAUCAGUCCGCCGUCGCCGUCGACGUGGAUUGCUCCGAUGCCGACACCAGCGAUCAGAUCUACACCGCCUUCAACGAUGCUACCUGGACCUUCCGCAAUCUCCGUUCCUUCCGCAUGGAGUACUCCCCCGUUCGCGACCUCCCCCCCGGAGUGUUCGGCUCCCAGAGCUUCCAGCAGAUGGAAAUCGUCUUCACCGACAUCUCGACCGUAGACCCAUCGGCCCUCUCCCCCUCCGCGGACCGACUGACUUCUCUGACGAUGUCGGAGAACCUCGUUUCCUCGUUCCCCUUCGACCUUCUCCCCGAGAUGCGGGUCCUCACUCACUUGGAUCUGUCGUGGAACGCCCUCACCUUCCUGCCCGCCAUUCGGAGUUCCAGCCUCGAGGCUCUCUAUCUCUACAUGAAUCGCAUCGAUCGCUUCGACGAGGGAACGUGGUCCCUGCCCAAUCUCAAGUACUUCUUCAUCGGCAGCAACCAAUUCUCGGAACUGCCACUCGGACUGGUGGAGAGCAUGGGCCAGCUGGUCGUGUUCUCCGCCCAGUUCUCCCUACUGGGCCCGCUGCGAAACGGAAGCCUCGCCUUCACCGGUGGGGCCAUCGACGAAGUCAACCUCGCCGUCAACUCAAUCUCGAACUUGGAGUCGGGGGCCAUCUCAGGACUAGGAAUCAAUUCGGACUUGGUGCUGUCUCAAAACGGGAUCCGAGAACUCACCGAAGACUCCUUUCGGCCCAUCCUUGAAGUUCUUUCGAGGGGUGCUGGGCUCCUCCAGCUCAACGGUUCGGUUCGGUUUGCAUCUCUCUAA